UCAAAAGUGUCAAACGAAUUUUCAAGUUUUCCGCGCGAACUGGUUGUGGUUGUUCACUGUUCACUUGUUCAGAAAUUAGUUUUAUUCUUUCAUCUUCGGGGUAUAAUUAUUUUCGAGCAAGUUCCUCGAUUUCUCUGAUUGUAUCGUGCUACUAUUAGAAGUGUGUUUUAUGCAGUAUAAUUGAUUAAACAACUACUUUUAUCUCUCAGAAAAUUUUUCACUAUGGUGGUAGAAACGAGCCAGGAAUCUCAUUCCAACUCUGAGAGUUCGAAAACUGCUCCUUGUAUCUCAUCGGACACGUUGCCCAGUCAGAAUUCGAACGAUUCUUCUGCUGAAGCAAGUACGAUUCCCUGUCAAACGGCUAAUGAAGGUCCCGUGACUGGGUUAACGUCUGAUCAAAGUGCAGCGUCGCCUCAAAAUUUAUCCAGUGAGUGUCCGAGCAGUGAAAGUAAACCUGAUGUUACCGAUGCAGUAACCGUAUCUAAUGUAGAAGAAAAUUCCAACGAUGCACCUAGUACGAGCUCGUCGUCUGUGAAUAAUGAAGAAGUAUCGCUAGAGGAUAACGAAGAUGAGCUUGCGUUGUUACCGAGUGAUGUCGUGGAAGAAGAAAAACGUUGCAUGUUGGAAACCGAACAAGCUCUCUCUGAACUAGCGAAGAAACGCGUUGUAUUACCAGACAAAGAAAAGGAGAAACGUUAUAAACAGUUGAUGACUUUGCUUGGAAAAAGUGGUCAGUACGCGACGUAUAUGUCUAAUAAAUUGAUCAAAGAAAACGAGUUGAAACUAGAAGAAAGCAAAGAAAAUGAGUCCACGCCGAACAAGUCGCUCAAAAGAAAAUCGUCUACCGGUAAGAAGACUCCUGCUAAGAAAAUGAAAAAAAAUGAUUCGGAGCCCAUAGAGGUGGAUUCGGAUGUUCCUAGAGGCCAUUACAGGAAUAAAUUGGGAUUCGUCGUCUCCGAAAGACAGCCCGCUACGCUAUGUGGAGGCGUAAUGAGAGACUACCAACUGGAUGGAUUAGAAUGGUUGGUUACGUUGUUUAAAAACGCAGUGAAUGGCAUUUUAGCCGACGAAAUGGGUCUCGGUAAAACCAUACAAGUAAUCGCGCUGCUGUCUCACUUGAGAGAAAAGGGUAUCUACGGGCCGCAUUUGAUAAUUGCGCCGCUGAGUACCUUGCCGAAUUGGCUUUCAGAAUUCGCCGUAUUCUCCCCCGAUAUUCCAGUGAUGCUGUUUCAUGGAAAUGAUGAAAAGAGAAACGGGCUCAAAAGGAAAUUCGCUAACAUAUACAAAAAUAAGGAAAGAACUAAAAUACCAGUCAUUUUAACUUCUUACGAAAUGCCGUUGAGAGAUAAGAAAUUUUUCACCUCGAUCAGUUGGAGUUGUUCUAUCGUCGACGAAGGACAUCGGUUAAAGAAUUACAAAUCCAUGCUCAGUAUAGAAUUGAGAAAAUACAAAACUGAAAGUCGCUUUAUACUCACCGGUACUCCGUUACAAAAUAAUUUGACCGAAUUGUGGUCGUUGUUAAAUUACCUCAUUCCGGAAAUUUUCGACGAUUUAUCGUUAUUCGAAAGCUUAUUCGAUUUCUCCGAUUUGAACGACGCCGAAAAACGACACCAACUUAUCGAGAAAGAAAAGGAAGAACAAAUCAUAUCAAAGAUUCAUAAAAUUUUAGAACCAUUUCUGUUGAGACGAAUGAAAUGCGACGUGAACAUCGAGUUACCUCGUAAAAAAGAAGUACUAGUGUACGCGCCUUUGUCAACCGAGCAACAAGAACUGUAUAUUGCUACGAUGAACAAAACUUUGAAAGCGAAGAAGGAAAUCGAAGAACCUGAGCUAAUCGUAGAUGGGAAAGUAAAACGACAGUGUACCCAGAAAGAGUUCGCUUACAACGAUUCCUGGGAUUACGACGAAUUUGAAGACUUUUUACGCAACAGGCAAGUCACGCGUGCCUCAGAACAUGUGGUAGUUGAACCGGAUGGCAAGCAGUUUUAUUACAAAAUUACUAUGCAGAAUCGUUGCAUGCAGCUGAGAAAGAUAGUCAAUCAUCCUUACUUGGUCAAAUGCCCUGUCGUGCCUGGUACCAGGGAUAUUAUCGUAGACGAAGAUAUGAUACCGAAAAGUGGCAAACUGUUGGUUUUGGACGCUCUCUUACCCAAAUUAAAAGCUACCGGUCACAAAGUUUUGUUAUUCUCCACGUUCAAAAUUCUACUCGAUAUAAUUGAAGAUUACUCCGUGAUGCGAGAUUACAAGUACGUUCGAUUAGACGGAAACGUUAAAAUUGAAGAUCGUUUAGAAGCCAUCAAACAAUUCAACUCUGAUCCGGAUACGUUCAUUUUUCUAAUAUCGACUCGAGCCGGUGGACUCGGCAUAAAUUUGACUGCAGCUGAUACUGUUAUUAUAUUCGACAGCGAUUGGAAUCCUCAGGUAGAUUUACAAGCUCAGGAUAGAUGUCAUCGUAUCGGUCAAACCAGACCGGUGGUUGUAUACCGUUUAGUCACUUCCGGUACCAUUGAUCAAAGAAUCGUCGAUUUUGCAACCGGUAAACGAAGAUUGGAAAAACUAAUCGUAAAAAAAGGCCACUUCAAGCAGCAGCGUUCAGAUGAAAUCAUUUCAAUCGCCGAAUUACAAGAACUUUUGGAUUCUACUGAUCACAAAAAUGUCGUCUAUCCCAACGGACUUGUUUUGAGCGAUGAUGAAAUCAAUCGCUUAUUAGAUCGCAGUGACUUGAUCGACUAAGUUAAUAUAAUAUCUACUUUUUUCCUCUUCGUAUGGUAUUAUUAAUUUAAAAAUUAUUCGGUAAAAAUAAUAAUAGUACUGUGAUGAUUUUUUUCCACUGUUAUACUCUUAAGAAGAUCCUGUAUCUCUAUUUGUACUUUUUUUAUUUAUGUCCAAAUCAACAUAUUGCAUUUUAUAAAUGGAUACUGGAUUGUUGUGAUACUUGCAUGUGAAAUUGUCUAUUAUAUUUGUCAUCUCUUAUUGUUUCUUUAAAAAUUAAUAUUUAUUCGUAGUUUUUAAAUGAUUCUUUUCGUUUUUUUGUGAAUUUCAAAUUUUGUUUUUCGUAUUUUGUCAUUUUGUCAUCGAUACAUCUUAAAAUGGACAUCUUCAGCUCUGCUGUUUAAUAAUAUUUGUUCUAAGAUCUGUGAGUAAUUAAAAAAAUACACGAUGUAUGAUUGUAUGCAUAUUCAUUUUAGAAUCUGUGUUGAAUAUUUCAAUAAAAAAUUAUGUAA